GAUUCGAUAUAGAGACAUCGUGGCCAGUGAAAUUUUCUCAUUAUAAUCUUUAUUUGAUAAAAAUGAAAUUUUUAAGUGUAUUUUUCUUGGUGUUUUUGGUUUUGAGUCUAUCUUAUGCCAGGAUGACGAAUUUAGAACAUCACAGAGGAUCUAGACACCAUUCUAAGGAUCAUUUGGUGAAUGAUAUUGAUAAUGAUUUCAACACAAUCGACGAUUUGGACAGCCACAUCUUUGCCCCAAAAAUCAACCCUAUUUCACCCCUAGCCAGAGAUUCUAAAACUAAUCAUCGACUAGUCGAAAAAACCGUGAGUGGAAUAUUUGCGCCUGAUUCUUCAGCAAGUCGAAGACGAAUUGAAAAGUCUUUACAUUACAAAAGAAAAUGGUUACCUAAGGAAAAUUUGGACAUUGAGAGGGAAAACGAAAUUGAAGAUCAGAAAUAUAAUGUGAAGAUUAAUUUUGAUGAAUUUUAUUGAAGACUAGAAGUAGAAGAAUCUCAG